GAACUCUAGAGGUUAUGAAGUGGCAAAGGAGUUCACCUCUAAAUUCACACAUAUAUCACCGGUUUGGUAUGAGCUAAAAAGUCAAGGGAAGAAGCUUUUUUUGGAUGGACGGGAUAAUGCUGACAAGCGUUUGGUUAACGAUCUCAGCAAGAAUGGAAAUGUUCUGGUGCUACCUAGAGUUGUUCUUGAAGCAUUUCCGGCAGAUCUGUUGCUUAAUAGGAAACAAUGGAGUAAGGCAUGCAACAUCAUUCUAAAAGAAUGCAGGGAAAUGGAGUAUGAUGGUAUUGUUCUAGAGUCUUGGUCAAGGUGGGCGCGAUAUGGUGUCCUGCAUGAUCCAGAGAUGCGUAAGAUGGCAUUGGAAUUCAUUAAGCGACUAGGGCAGGCAAUGCAUUCUGUGAAUUCAAUGAAAAAUGCCAGUCAUCACCUUGAGUUGAUCUACGUCAUCCCUGCACCUCAUUCACAAAAUCUCGCUGAAUAUGAUUUCGGGCCUCAAGAUCUGCAAGAACUUAGUGAUUCUAUAGAUGGUCUCUCUCUAAUGACUUAUGACUUCUCAGGACCACAAAAUCCAGGUCCUAAUGCUCCUCUGAGUUGGAUCCAUUCGUCUAUGCAGCUGCUACUUGGCGGAAAUAAUGAAGGCGGUCUUGUCAGCCAUGCCCAUAUGAUCUUUCUUGGCAUGAACCUCUAUGGGAAUGAUUUCGUACUUUCUGAAGGCUCAGGUGGAGCUAUUAUUGGUAGGGAUUACUUGUCACUGCUGGAGAAGCACCGGCCUGCGCUUCGUUGGGAUGAAAAAAGCGCAGAACAUUUUUUCAUUUAUUCGCAUGAAAAUCUUCAGCAUGCUGUUUUCUAUCCGUCCUUGAAGUCGAUUUCCAUGAGGCUGGAUGAAGCCCGGGCUUGGGGAGCCAGUCUUUCCUUAUGGGAGAUUGGACAAGGGCUAGACUAUUUUUAUGAGCUCCUCUAAGCUUUAUACCAAGCAUUCAUUUUAAUAAAUUGUUUUGCUAUAAUUCGCCUCUUUUGGUAUUAAGAUUGACAAAGCUUAUAAAAUGUUGACUGUAAAUUAUUUAAGCACAUCUUGACACUUCAAAGUGGCCCAUAAAAUGUCCUGAUUAUCGGUGACUCUAAAAAGCUGUAAAAUCUUUUAAAAGCUCCAAUGGCAUCCAAGGAAAGUCUACUUACAGACUAGCACAAUCUGAUUUUGAUUUGAAUCAGAUUUAUAACAUAAGCUGUGAUUUAAAGUUCCCAUAAAAUCUUUGAAAUA